AUGGACAUGGUGACAGAUGAGAACCACAUGGAGGAGAUGGAGAUGGAGACAGAGAAAAACCAAACUAUGGAUAAUGACUUUUCUGCCACACUGUCAGAGGAGACGGACAGACAUCUGACAAUCAGUGAACGGCUUUCCAGCAGCUGCAGGAGAGUCAGAUUGAGAUCUAGACCCAGACUCCAGUCCACAAAAAGCUUCCCCCCUUACAGUCAGUGUAUAGGUGGACUCGGAGAGGACAGGGAGCAGGACAAUGAGCUUGAUUCAGAAUCAAGCGAAGUGAAUAGGGAAGACAGGAGUGAGGUCAUUCAAGGCACGGAAAAGAAACAGGACAUUGAAUUGAUCCCAAGAUGUGCAAGGGAUGAAGUGAAGUUAAAAUGGAGGCUGAGGAGGAGGGAGAGGUUAGGUGGGAGCCAUGAGGUUGAUACAGACGGAUGGGAGAGGGUGAGGUGGAGCGGGAAAAGAAGGGUAGAGGAGACUGUAAGAGAGAAGGAGUGGGAAUAUGAAGAGGGGGGCACGAGCAGUGAGUUGAAACACAGGAGAAAUAGAGACUCCAGUUUGGACAAAGAAAGAAAAGAAGAGGAGGAUACAGAGAGGAAGAGAGUUUUGGCAACAAAGGAAGAUGAGGAGAGCGAGGUGACCCCAGAGGGGAUGGAUGAAGAGGCCGAGGAGCUGAGAGACGGCCCCGCAACACAUCAGUGGUCCUCCCCACAUCCAAUUCUCUCCAAGCUUUUGCACUCCUCCACCUCCUCCUCCAGCUCCUCCAUCAACCUCUCCUCAGCAGAGAGCGAUGAGGUCUUCAGCGAAGGAGAGGAUGUUGGCUCAAAGAGGAGGGCGUUCAGGAAGAGCCGUUCCUGGAAAACCUACCUGACCAUGAUGCACUGGUCACUGGGGCGGCAGAGCUCCUGGGUCCAGCUGGCUGGACAUCAAGGUAACUUCCAGCUGAGUGAGGGAGGGGAGGUGUUGAAACGGUAUAGUGAGGUGGAGGCAAAGUGCCUUGAGUUAUUGAUGAGCGACCCGCUGAGACCCUUUGUCCCACAGUAUCAUGGCUUGGUCACCAGGGGGGAGCACUGCUACAUCCGCCUGGAGGACCUGCUGAGCGGCCUGAGGAGACCUGUCAUCAUGGACUGCAAGAUGGGAGUCAGGACAUACCAGGAGGACGAACUGAUCAAAGCUCGCACUAAGGCCACCCUGAGGAGUGACAUGUACCAGAAGAUGGUGAAAGUAGACCCAUCAGCUCCGUCAGCAGAGGAGCAUGCACAGAGAGGGGUGACCAAGUUUCGAUACCUUCAGUGGAGGGACACAACCAGUUCUACAUCCACGCUGGGCCUCAGGAUAGAGGGCAUCAUGAUGGAGGACGGCAGUGUCCAACGGGACCUCAGGAAAAUCCUGACUCCAGAUCAGGUCACAAAUGCAAUGCUCUACUUCACCAAGAGUCAGCUGGACAUCCUGAAAGCGUACCACACCAGACUCCUGGCCCUGAGAGAUGCUCUGAAGAACUCACCAUUUUUCAAAACCCAUGAGGUCAUUGGCAGCUCGCUUCUCUUUGUGCACGACCACAGCAGCAAGGCCUGCGUGUGGAUGAUAGACUUUGGGAAGACAACCCCAGUGCCUGACAGGAGCGAGCUCCAACACGAUGUCCCGUGGUUCGAGGGGAACAGAGAGGACGGCUACCUCAUCGGUCUGAGGUCUCUGAUCAACUCUCUGGGCGAGGCCAUCAGUGGGGCCUGUGGGCUUCGGGAGGACAGCUGUGGAGAACAAGAGAGUGGUACAUGA